AUGCUUCUCGAAGCUAAAGAGGAAUCGCAAACAAGAUUAGAUCGUAUAAAACAGGUGAGAGAUGAAAGGGAUGUCGCUUUUGAUGAAGGGGAAAAAUAUGCGACGAGAGAAAUUGGUGGUCAGUUAGAGGUGUUGAAGAUGGAGAAACUUGAGGCAGAGAGGAAGACUCAAGAACUGGGAGAGCAGGUUGUGAAAAUACGGGAGAUGGCGACGCAAAUGAAAGCAGAAGUGGACAAAUUGAAAGAGGGGCAAGGUCAGAAAGGAGAAGUAAAUGAUGCUUCUCUUGAGCAGCAGAGAAAUAGGAUUGCAGAGGAGCUUCAGGAAGCAAAGGAGGUCAUUAGGGGAAAAGAACUUCAUAUACAGCAUUUAAAGGAAGAAGCCGGGAGUAGGUCAGCGAGAGUGUCAAAGACGCCGCCAGAAGUGAGUGCACGAGUACAGGCUCUCAUAGAACAAAUUCAUGUGUUGAUGGCAGAAAGAAAUGACAUCAGAGAUCAAUUGGAGAUCUUGACCGAGAAUCUCAUGGGUACUACGCCAAAAGAGAUUACGCCGAAAGAAGAUAAAUCAUUGAGAGGAACACCGGAGCGGCCCACAGGGCGGCCGCCUGGUAGAUUUAGUCCUAGUGCCGGCCUAGGUAGUGCUAAUUUCAAAGGCAGUAGACGAAUCUUGCAUGCUCCUUCUCCUUUGAGACAACAGUCUUCUACCACCGAGUCGGUGGAAGAUGAAGAUUCGGAAAAGGAGGUGGAAGUGAAAGAAGGUGAUUUCGAGGAAGAAGAGGAAGAACUAGAUAGUGAAACAGAAGAGGAAAAUCUAAAAGAAAGUAUCGAAAAAGAUGAAAACGACACAUCGUUGGAAAGCUAUCGAAAAGACAAAGAUGUAUACGACCAGCGACUCGUCAACCGCAUCAAAGAACUCGAGAGAAGAAAUCUACGUCUUGAGCACUAUCACGACAUGACCCACGUAACACGCGCAAUCCUCAGUCUGACACCCGUUCAUUUCGAAGCAUAUCGUGAACGUAAAGAGGCUAAGAGGAAAGAGGGAAUGGUAAUGCUCGAUGUUAUGGACAAGGAACGUAAGAUUCUACGAAAACAAAAUCGGAAGCUCGAAAAACAGUUGCAGGUAUUGGCGGAUCUGAGAGGCAAGGAGAAGGAGAAGGAUACGGGGGAUACUCAGGAUUUUAUACUCACACAAGCUCAUCAUGACGCAAACGAAAAUGCUACGAAAGAUUACAAAAGAUUGUAUGAAGAGGCGGAAAAAGUAGUGAUGAAGAUGCUAGAGACCUGUGCGGAUGUUGAUGCCGAAGAAGUCUCAGAAUUGCGGAAGGAGCGAGAAUUUCAUAAGAAGCGAAUAGCGGAACUGGAAGAGGAAAUUGAUGGUCCAUUAGGAUUGAGAGAACAAUUGGCAUUCAGUACUGCUGAAAACACAGACGAUUUUAAUGCGGAGAGGGAGCUAACAAGAGUCAGAGCUGAGCUUGGAUGGUGCAUAAAGGAAAGAGAUAUGGCCAUGGAGGAAUCACACGUGGAGGAAAAUCUUACAUCCAUCAAAGAACUAAUGGAUCAAUUAUCCCAGAAACUCGAUGUUAACGUCUAUCCCAACGAGGAAAAAUACGAACAAUGCAAGGAAAUGACCAAAAAGUACCGAGAAUGCCAGCGUGAAUUGAGCGACGAGAAAGAAAAGACCAAGUCUCUUGAAAGGUUUCUGGAAGAGAAAUACAUGGAAUACGAAGACCUUGCCGGCGAUGUGCACGAUGAUUCGAUAAGCGCAAGAUUGGCUCGAGCAUUAAUUGAACUCCACCAGACGAAGCGAAAACUAAUGGAUAAAACGAUACAGAGGAAUAGUCUUACCAAGAGCGCUGUAGGAUGUUUAACGACCGUCUUGCAACACAAUGAAAUCCUGGAGCAGAAAAUAUACACACUGAAACAACACCCAGAUCGCGAUCCUGAGCUUCCUAUUACAGAUGUUGAUUUGGAGAACGAAGAAACGAUUGCGAGGCUCCAGUGGAAGAUUGAUAUAUUGGAAAAACAGCUUCAUAAAGCUCAAUCUGAUAUCAAAGCUGCGGAGAAGAAGGCGAAAAAUUCGAAAGAGAGAUUGGAUGAAUAUAUUGGGUUAUCUUUUAACAAAUCAAAUACGCACCCUAGAGUUGAAUCUUUGAGAUUGAAAAGACAGAGACCCCCCUCGAUCCGAAUGCUACUGACCCCGAAGUCAUUGCACAUUUGA